AUGCGCGGAUCGUACGCUCGAUUGAUCGUUCUGGCGCUCGUGUGCCUCGUGGUGUUGUCCGCUACACUCGGCGCCUCGGCCGAGCGGAGGGCCAGAAGGAAGUUCGGGAAGGGAAGUAGCGAAGCUGGAAAUGUUCAUUCAGAUGCUGACGCCCCGCCCGCCGAAUUGAAGGUGGAGGUCACCCAUCGACCCGACAACUGCCUCAGGAAAACGGCCCCCGGCGACACGAUCGACGUUCACUACAUCGGAUCGCUGCCCGACGGCAAGCCCUUCGAUUCAUCGUUCAGUCGCGACCAGCCCCUCACCAUCACUCUGGGCCACGGUCAAGUCAUCCCCGGCUGGGAGCAGGGCCUGCUGGGCAUGUGCGUCGAUGAGAUGAGGAAGCUCACCAUUCCUCCUCAUCUCGCCUACGGCGACGAGGGCUACCCGCCCGUCAUCCCGCCCCGCGCCACCCUCUCCUUCAUGGUCAAGCUCGUCUCCAUCGCCUAA